GACCAACCCUCGAGCUCUAUGAUCUAGAAGGCUUCAGUCAGUCAGUCAAUCAAUCAAUCAAUCAAUCAUAUCGCCAUAUUACCACUAUAACUACCCUGGGAACUAGACUAAAAGACAAUUCUGGAAACAUGCGGCAAAUGAGAUUGCGCCGGCUUAUCUUACUGCAAGUCGCCUGCGCACUCGGCUUGACAGCGUACCUAAAUUUGGUGAAGACGUCAGUUGAAAGAAAAACGUUACAGAAAGCAGUAAGAACUGAUGGUAAUGUCGGAUUCGGAGGUAAAUGGAGUCCCCCUGGAAGAAAUCUGUCCAGCACCUCGGAGAAAGUCGCCAUCUUGGUGCCAUUCAGAGACAGAGAAGAACACCUGGAUAUAUUCCUCCGCCACAUGCACCCGUUUCUCCAACGCCAGGGGAUUGAUUACGUCAUUUACGUCAUAGAACAACAUGGCGGCGAGCCCAUGUUCUGCAAGGGCCUGCUUUACAACGUAGGGUACACAGAAGCGUUAAAAGACGACCCUACUUACGACUGCUUCAUCUUACACGACGUCGAUCUCCUGCCAGAAGACGACAGAAAUCUGUACACUUGUAGUAAGUCCCCAUUGCACUUGUCAGUGGCUAUCGACAAAUUCGACUAUAACUUGCCUUACACGGAUCUGUUUGGCGGAGUAUCGGCCAUAACUAAGUCCCACUACCGACUGCUGAACGGUUACUCCAACUUGUUCUGUGGGUGGGGAGGGGAAGAUGAUGACAUGUCCCUCCGACUGAAAAGACACAUGUUGGAGAUAUCUCGUCCGGAAAAAGACGUCGCCAGGUACAAGAUGCUUCCUCACAACCACACGAAGGAGAAUCCGCAAAGGUACAUUCUCUUAAGACAUUGGCUAGCCAGGGCCAUGACAGACGGACUAAAAAGUUUACACACAGCUGGCUAUAAUGUAACUUCAACAUCACACAGAGAACUGUACACCCACAUCUUAGUAAACAUCAGUAAGAGAGGAGGCGAAGUUUAUCAUCCGUGGUAAGGAAAUUUCAGCUUACAGGAUACAUACAGAUGUUACACGUGACUAAUAUAUCCUAACUUGCAUUUGGCUACCCCAAUUGAUUGUUUGGUCCUUGGUUUCAUCAAUUU